AGAAAUUUACCUGAAAAUUAUUCAUAAUGGAUGAAGGAAUGCCCUAUAAUAACGAGAACUUUUACCCACUGGAUGAGGACCAGAAGAUGCAAUUCAAUUUUAUGAACACACAUCCGAUCCGAGCUGAGGCUCCUAUGCAUCAGCAGAGACCCCAGAGUGCGAGUAUGAGAGGGCCGAUCGACCCUCAUUCCAACCACAAGAGCCUUAAGAGAAAAAGGCUUGGUCAAGACCCCAGAAGAAGCACUGAGGACGGCCGUUAUGUCAUAACCUCUGCUCCUAAUGGUAGAUCUGCUGGCAGAGGGAUCAAACCUGUCUGCAAAGAAGCAUUUUAUAGCAGUAAAAUGCAAAAUACUCCAAGCAAAUUACAGAAGAGACUUCAGCAUAUGGAAAAAUAAGAAGGAAAAAUGGAAUAAUGCUUUAAAAAGAGAAAAAGAAUUCUUAUAUGAUGAAGCUCUUAAAUUCAAGAAAGAGAAGAACUCCAAAACCACAGAGAAUCGAAAAUUAGGAGCUAGAGUGAGGUAUCUUGAGAAAGAGGUCAAGAAGAGGGAUGCUCUAGUCCAGGACCUCAUGCAGAAGCCUCUCCAAUAUCCUGCUUAUACCUCUCCAAAUACCCAAUCAAAGCAGACAAUGGAUGCUUUACAGAAGUCUAUUGAGAGCAACAUAGUGAUUAAUCUGAAAAAGCUUAUUGAAGAUCAAAAGACGGAGCUAAACUCCAAAGAGAACAUUAUUGACUCCUUAAAGAAAGAUAUGAAAGGAAGUUACCUCAGGGAACUCAGGACAGAAAGAGACAUCUUCGAGGAAGAAGCUGUCCGUCUAAGACGCAUGAUUGAUGGAUUUAUCGGCCAGAUAGGCGGUGCUGACCAAGUCCUCAAUAUCAGAGCUUACAUUGACGACCAACAAGAAAUAAUAAAUAACCUUGAGGGCCAGAAGCAGUCUCAGGAGCAAAUUUACCAAGCAAAGUAUGAGGAAUGUUUACAGCUUGAAAAAUAAGUUGAUGCAGACCGAAGUUGAUAGAGACAAUUCCCAUAAGGACAUCAGAGAGCUUCAAAAAGAGCUUAAACAAUACCAGGCUAGAAUUCAGCAAAAAGAUGAAGAAUACAGAGAUCUUGAGGAAGCUAAGAAGAAAACAGUUAAAUCUUUAGAAUCAAAAAUUGAUUCUCUUAACCAAGUCAUUUCAGAAAAGAGUGAUAAAAUAGACUGUUUGACAGGUGUUGUAGCAGAUAGAGACCAGAAAAUUAGGUCAAACAAGUCUCACAUCAGCCAAAUCGAGAAAGACAUUGAGUCUCUGAAACUUGAACUUGAGAACAGAGAUGGAAUAAUUUCUGAAAAAGAAUAUGAUAUUGAAGAUCUUAAGAAUAAAGUUUCUGGGUUAGAGAACCAACUGAAGGAGACUAUUUCUGAAUACGAAAGCAGGCUCCAAGCUCAGAUGAAUAAGUACGAAGGAGAACUUGCAUCUCUCAAUGCUGACCAUGAACAACAUGUGCAAGGUCUUGAAGAUGAUCAUCAGCAGGUUGUCUCUAAUCUUAAGGGUCAAAUCAGUUCACUUGAGGAACAAGUUGUUGAUAUGGUAAAUGAGAAGAACACCUUGUUGGGAAAGAACCAAGAGAUAGAAGAGAAUUAUCAAAAUAUCAAAAAUGAUCUUGAAAAUGACAUUGAAGCGCUUCAGUCCAAGCUCAAAGAAGCCCUAGUCGAGAAUCAAGAGCUUGAGAGUAUAAAUUUAGAUAUUAGCGCCAAGUUGGCUGAAGAAUCUAAGAAAUUUGAGCAAGUUGAACAAACUCUAAAGAUGAAAAUCAAGCAUCUUACUCAAGAGCUCCAGAGCAGACCUCAAGCGAAACAAUUAAAUGAUAGUUUCGACAAAGGAGAAUUUAACGAUAGAACAGGUGUUAAUAGCGAAUUUAAAGCCCAAAUGGUCAGUAGUGGCCAAGCAACUCCUAGUGAUGGCAAGAAUGGUUCUGGAAGGAUAGUGUCCUUGUCCCAAAAUAAUAAUUCGAGUAAUUCCAAAGUAAAGCAGAGCGCUUUUAAACCACCCAAAGAUAAGAAUAGUGAUUCUGAAGGGGAUCUCUCAUUAUUUGAAAGAGAUGAUAAAGACGAGGAUAUACUCCAGAAUCAUCUCAGUCGGGAAGAAAGAGAGAAGGACUCCCGUCCACUUAAUUCUAGUAAACACCAAUCAGAGGUUGAGGAAGAGGGGGAAUACGAAGAAGAAUUUCAGGAUGAACUUUCUGAAAGCGAGACUGAGAGGGUCUCGCCAGUUACAAAAAGUGAGAUACUUCCAACAGCAAAAAAAAUACUUGAUCAUUGAAAUGGGAAUGAUAUUGACAUUAUGGAUCUUCCAAAUCUCCUGUUUGUAGACUUUUCUCUUACUGGAAAGGUAUCAGUAGCAAGUCUUUCAAAAACACUCAGCACUAAGUUCAAACUUGAUGAUCAGGAGUCCCUAAAACUGGCAAGAUUUAUGGUGGAGCAACCAGGAAAUUUCAACAGUGAAGCAGAUGAUAACAAGGAUGAUUCUCGAUACGAGUUUGAUCCUAAGAGGGAGCUCUCACAUGCCAAAGUGGUCUCUAAACUCCAGACAGUGAUUAUGUCUCUUAUGUAGACG